UAUCUUUUCCAUCGUUUGAAAUUCAAUUCGCGUCGGACAAAAUUGUGACAAAGAUGCAAAAGAUGAAGUUGCGCGACGAACGAAACCAUUGUGAAUUUCCCCGGAAUUCCGUCAAACUGUAAUUGGAGAAUAUUUUUCCUUGCACACGCCCGUUGAUGCAACGAUGCGUCUAUGCAAGCGGCGUAUAUAGAAUGUUAUACUUUGUAGAGUGUGGCGUCAUUCAACGCAGUGUACGUGUCCAAGUGGAAAACACAGGCGACACCAAUUAUCCAUUUUUGCACGGAAUUAUCGCCGUCGACCGAGAUAACGGUGACCAUGCCCGCGUCCUGUACAAAUCGUUUACAAAAGAGAAGACACUCUCCAGAAAUAUCAUCGAACUUGGAAUUUCCGCGAUGGCCUUGCUCGUUAUCGCUUAUACGCGAAACACUUCUCGGAUCAAAAUAAUAAACCAACACCUGAAUGCAACCACGUGUGUCGAUACGAAUUUCAUCCACCGGUUCACCCCAAUUCAAGAUAAUAAUCUUUCUAAUUUUUCAUUACUUACUUUUACAGUAACGUCCAAUAUUUCUUUAUAAAAAUAAUGAAAAAAAAAAAGAAAGAAUCUAAAAAAGUUGAACGCCAUCAAAUUCUUCCCCUUCGGGGGGAAGAAAAAGAAAGCAAGAAGAAAUUCUGGUAGAAGGAUAGCGUUAGAAGUUUAUUCAUUUGUCUUGGCUUACGUCUUGUCAUCAGUCCCGGGGAUGACAUCGUGUACAUUGGGUGGCCAUUUUAGAGAUACGCCUGGACGAUCAGUCACACUCAACGUCAGGAGUGAAGUGACUUAGUUUAGGGCUGUUUAAGGACGGGCUGUUCGCGGAUGAAAAGCUGGGGGCCUCGCCCAUUCGAGACCGUCGGGGGUGCGAGUCUCUCUUUCCUGUGUAGUUCCACCGUUUCUCUACCCUCUCUACUUCUUCUCAACGAGCUACCAACUAACAACGUGAAUGAGAGGGCUGACUUUUCUACUAGCCAACCUUCUCCCCUCUGUUUCAUCCCUUUCUCUCUCUUUCCCUCUCUCUUUCUCCCUCUCUUCACCCUAUCUUUUUUCUGAAACCACUCGGAGAACUAUAUCGUCAUUGCACCAGAGUACCUACACACACGAUCCCAGCAGAAACGUUUCAUUUUUGUGCUCGUACAUAUCGUCUUUUGGUGGUUUACGUGCAACAAGGGAGGCUUUCUCGCGCGACAUUUCCUCUUCGUACCGAGGGGUUGUUAGAUUUUUUCCCCUCAACCAUCGGGGGGAGAGCAGAUUGUAGUUACACUAAUUGUUACUCGUACGCUUUUGUGCGACAAAAUACCCGCGUUUUACUUCCACCCCACAAUUAAAGAUCCGUCGUGGAGGUUGUGAAACUUCGUGAAACUUUCCGCCUUCGUGAAACGGGGUACGGCUCGUUUGGAACGGCGAUAUAUAUCUAAACAUGAAACAUUGUGCACUGUGCGCUCGAAUUCCAGGAAAAUGCGAAGAAAUUCGGUUAUCAUCCGCAUACAAUUUCCAGCCACCGCAUGCGACAAUUUAACGAUUCGCCCGGGGCACGGGUUUACAGGCCUAGUUCUCGUGUUUCAUCAUCGCGACUCCGGGCGUCUAAACACGGUAUCGAAUUCACGAUCGGUGGCUGAUAUCUAACUUUUAACACUUACAUUUGCUUAUCUAAAUUCUACAAUCUUACACUCCCUAUAAACAUGUUGCAACGAGGUAUCGAUGUCCAGUUCCAAUACAUUUUUUUAUCGUACAAAAUUUUCAUUCUCCAACUUUAUUGCCGUUCGAAAGCUCGAGUCAGAGCAUGCAUUCAACCCCGAUAUUAACAUCGAUCUACUCUAUUCCGUAUUACACAUAACUCAUCACAUUUUACUUUUUUAAUUGAAACGCGUAUUAUCCCACGGCGUUCGAUAAACAAGCAAACGAACGAAUCUUCGAACUCUUCCACGAAUCUCUACGAAGUGAAACAAGCUAGCUAGGUGAAAUGAAAAUAACCUAGCCUAACGGUGAUAAACGUGUGGCCACGUCGUUUACCCACCUCGAAGCCGCGGCGAUCGUACCACGCUUCGGUGGCGAGAAAUCGGGUUACCAUGUUUCUUUUAAAUAAACGGCUGCGGCAAUGAGAUCAGCCGGCUUGCCGCGGCUGUGUAUCAACUGUUGACUACGCUCGAAGACGUAGAGAAAUCCGAGGUGGUGCACAAUUCGACGGGUAAGACGCGUGGAACGGGGGAGGAAAGGUGUAGGAUUACCAAGCUUCGUACGUUCGUACGGUUGACUCGCGACCAUUGUUUGUUGGGUCCACGAACAACAUUGUAAGUAAGCGGAGUAUGUAGCCCAUGGGGAUCGUGGGGUCAUAGCUGGCCGGGACCACGUGUUGUACCGUCUACGUAUCAAAUGGGAGGUAUAUAACGUAAGAACGCAGAUAUGUCAGCGAGAAAAGAAGCGUGGAUCGGCCCUCGUGAUUCUGCGGUGGUCAGCGAAAUGGAAGGGAAACGUGGCAUGGUGGUAAUUUAAACGCAGUUGCGAUUCCAAGUAUCGAGAGUGGUAUCAGGCCACGGCUCCACGUGGAAUCGCGAGCAUACGAUACAAGCAGAAGAUCAACGUAUCAUGAUUAUUGGAACACGUGUCAGGUUGAAGGCGAAAAAAAGAGUAAAGGGGUGUGAUAAUUUAAUAAUGUUCGAUCAUUCGAGUAUCGGGUUGGAAAUGAUCGAUAUCGUUCAUCUAUAUUUCAACGUGUUUUCGAUUCGAUAUUUUGUUAGUUUAAGAAAGAUAUAAUGUGCGUAAUUUAUAGGUAUGGAAUUGAAUGCAACGAGAUGAUUUGGAUAUAUUUGAUACAUUAUACGGGUUCGUGAUCAGGAGUGUAUAGCUUCGUGUAUUGGCUCAUUAAAAGAAAUUUUAAAAGAUUGGAAAAUCGCGUUAUUAAAAUUUUUUCGGUUAGAGAGCAUUUACGCUUCACAACGAUUCGCAAAUAUUCUGCGUUGCAUCAUUGUUUAUCACGGGUUAUAAAUAUACGUUUAAACAAAAAUGUUUGCAAAAUAUUCGAAACUCGGUCUCGUUAAUUAAAAGAUUUGAGGAAAAUUACGAUAAGAUGUGGACGAGAUAAACUCGAAUGCUCGUAUAUAGCUACGUCUUCGCAACGAUAUCAGAGAGGGAACGGGGUAGUUCGUUGGAGAGAAGCGAGGAUUAAUAUUGAGUGUACCCUAUAGUUUUUGAGCAAAUAUGCAAGAUCCGUGUGCGCGGGGAAAUAGUGACAAAGAUAAUAUUUGUUGAGAUUUACACGCGUGCCGCGCUGACGUUAUUUUCGUAUCCGUAAUACCGGUGUGUCUUCUAUGAUCGAGCACACACCAUCCCGUGUGCACCACAAAUACGCGCCACUAUGAAAAUGUCGAAACGGCAUUGCAACCAUGAAUGAAAAUAAAUCGACGAUUAUUCUGUUAACCGUUUCGCGAACUGGAUUCGCAUCGAUGGAUGGCCCGAUCAUGUAAACCGGAUGUUUUCGAAUUGCAAAUUUUAUGCGUUUCCCUCGAAUCGUUUUCCAAAAUUUCGCGAUAAAUAUAACCGAAUUUCAAAUAUUCGAGACGUUCUGCGUAAAAUAUUCGACGAUAAAAUUUUAUGUAGAGUGCGCGAAAUUUAGAAUUCGAAUGUUUUCAUUUUGGGUGUGCAUUUUAAAAGCGAAAACGAUAAAUUGCGCGAUUUGGCAUCACGUUUUUCGACGGCGUCGAGUAAAAAAAAAAUUACAAGCCGGAAGAGAAUAACCGAUUUUAGUGUACUUUUAGUAGAACAACUUGGCGCUUAUUACACAUUUCUUGACGCAUAUCUAUGCUCGAAAACACCGUGCCGCCGAUAAAUUUGAUAAACUGACGAUCGCGUUACAAUGUUCUCCCCCUACGAAAGAACGAAUCUAAAUCUUUUCUCACAUUUUAGAAUCCACAUCCAUGGUCAAACGUUUCCACGUUUGGCCCGGUCUUGGAAUAUUCACACGAAGGGGAAAAAAAUCGUGGCGAAGGAGUCCUGCCCGAUCCACCAACAAAUCAAGCUCUGUCUACGACCUAGAGCAACGGCGUGGGCCAGCCAACCUUCGCUCGGAUAGUUAAAAUGCGCGAGCACACUCCCGGUCCGUUGUGCUCGUGGGAUCGGUGAAUGGAUUUUCUGUCCUGGCCAAAGGGGGAUGAUGAAUCGCGCCUCGUGUACCAAACCUCCCCUCCCCCUGUCUUUUCGUCGAACACGAGGGCGUUCUCGGGGCGAUUCGGGGUGGAAUGUUACGAUGGGGGUGUAAACGGCUAGGAAAAGACGAGUCAGGGAUGGUCGUGCCUCGAUAUAUAUAUAUGUGCACGAGAAUGUAGGUGAGCCGAUGUUAAGCCGUGGCUGAGUUGCAGGCUCGCGCGCCCUCCAAAAUGCAUUGAGACGGUCACGAACGGACAGGGGCCAGCCCAGUGUUUCCUGUGUACAUCCCCGCGCGUAUACACGAAUACUCCGGCUCGUAUCGUUGAUCGUGAAUCGUUCCGUGAUGGCAAUUCACUAGGCUGACCUAGUAUCGCGCCGCUGGAUACGCUCCAGAACGAAAUCGAAUCGAUUCGAGUGGGUUGGAGAGUACAAAGGGCGAAGGAAUUCAUUAAUUCUGAUGGCCUAUGCUGGGUCCAUGCUCGCAUUGAGGCGUCACGAUCCCGCCACGAUUCCUGUUUUCUAUGAGGAUCCAGUUCUUCGGUAUUUCUUUGGGAAAUCUUCCGAUUUUCGAGAUGUUCCUCCGGAUACGUCUCAGAAGAUAAUAGAGGUGUCACUGGGAUGAAUUCGUUUUCCAAUGGGAAAUGGAAGUGGAAUACGAAAUCUUGGAUUCUCGAAACGUUUCAUAUUCCUAUACGUAUGUUUUUUCGUAUGUACUGUGUUUUUUAUUUACGUAGAUACGCGCAUUUCCAUUGUGUGCAUAUCUCGCGUUCAUCGCGCGUUUAUACGAGGAGAAAUGCAUGUUCGAUAAUUUUUAAACACCGUUUUUAUGGAAACGUUUGCAGUUCGAUGGAAAAAGAAAAAAAGAAGAGAAAAAGAAAGUGUCUUCGGUGUGUCGAUUUUGAUAGAAGGAAGAAGAGUGUUUGAGUGUUUUGUUUGUAUAAAAACGCGCACAGAUGCACACAGCGUUGCGAAACACGGAAGAGCAAACUCGCGUGUUUAAUUUUAUUUCUUCUGUAACAAUAUCUGUACGAUGUUACAAAUUGCUUGAUACGACAAGUGCGAUUGAUUCUCAAUCGUCUCUUCCUCGUUAACAACGAUUCCACGAAUUGGAGCGAAUUUUCUAGGAAUUCCACGCGAAUCGAUGAGAUUAGGACGAAGAUCCGUUAAUUGAGUGGGAUUCGAACAUCACAAUUCGAGUACGAAUUGAAUCUAACAUCUACUCGAUGAUUACCUUCCGAGGAUAUCGAUGGUAUAUAUACGAUAAUGUAGAACCCAUAAAAUCAAGAAUAAAUCUAUGACAACGAGUUUAUAUGACUAGUUGGAUAUUAAAAAAAAAAAAAGAAAAAAGGAUGAGAACGAAAAAGAUUCUUCUCCUACAAAAAGGACGAAUUGAAAGUUAUUCCUUUGAAAUCGCAGCUCGAAACGAAACGUUUGAAAACGUUUUCAAUUUCUUUUUUCUUGACGCUUUUUCCAUUCUGAAUAAUCUUGACCAAGUUAAACUGCAACUACACUCGAGCAAAGAGCGACGAGAGAUUCGACAAACGGAACUACGUUCUCUGUUCCUCUUCCGUUACAUCUCGUAUCUCCAUCAUCCCAGGAAAAGAUGGCAGAAUGAUGAGAGGAAAGAAGAAACACAUGUUUCGUAUUAGAUCUUUUCUACCUGUCGACCUGAGCCAGGGAAGCGUAUAGAAAGUGUUUAAUGUAGAAUACCGCGCCAAGGUGGCUAAAGUAACAGAGAAACACGUGUUUCUUAAGGCCGUGGACAUUGUGCCCACGGGAAUGGAAGAGUCUAGACAACAGGACAGGUUCAUUCUUCCUUCUGGAACAUAUUGACAACACAUGUUUCCUAUUUCGGGAUGCACUUUGCUCUCGGCAAAAAGGUGCAUAGCAAGGUGGUUAUACAGCCCAGUCGUAAACAGCAGGUUCCAACCUGCUGUCAUUCCUUCUUCCUCUUCUUCGACGUUUUUGUCUCGGAAGAUUUGCACACGUGACCAUGCUGGCCCGCGAGAAUUUCGAAAAUGCGAUAAGUGCGUCACGCCCGAGGCUGCAUCUUCGUCAAAGAAUCUCUUCAUCUCUUCCUCUAUCGAAAACGCUUGUUCUGUAUAUAUAUAUAUAUACACACGUUAUACUUGAAAUAGUUUAAAAGAAUUGUAUAAAAUAUCUUUUAUAUCUCGCAGGGUAAGAACGUGCCAAGAUCCUUUCAGCGCGGUGAUCUUUAUCUCGACGAGAUGUCAACUGCUUAUGGAAAUAAUCAAGAGUGGUAUCCAUAAAUUUCGUUGCGUAAUCGAAAUAAUCCUUCGAGCGGUUGUGAGCAAAAGAUACGAUAUCCGGAGGAGAUGCUGGGAGGUUAGGGGUUUAUGGUAUCUCGUCGAGGCCAACAGCACGGCCACCAGCAAUCGCCUUUGCUUUCAAUUUUGCCACCCUUUGGUCUAGUUGCGCCCGUCAUUCUCGUUCCUCUCCCUGUUCCUCCCUCAUUCAUCCCUCGAACUCCUUUCCUUUCCUCCCCGUUCCAUGCUCCACGCUUCCUCUCGUUCCAUCCACGUUUCUACCCCUGCCUCUCUUUCCAGUCUGGAGCAGGGAACCCAGACAUAGGAGUUUUCACGUGUGCGUGUACAGAGGGGGUCUUUCGACUGACCCUGCUCCAAGGGUGGAGCUUAAAAUAAGGGUGGUACCUCGCGGCUUACCUACCCCAUCGAGAAACAGCAUUGGGGAUGAGAUGGAAGAGAAGGAAUAGCAGUAGGAGGAGAGACAUCCCGACGGAGGGAAAGAGAAAAGGAUCAAACCCGCGACACGAGGUCGUACUAUCCCGUGCACUAGUCGUAAUUCAAGUGCAAAGGACGUCGGUCAUGACAACAAUUCCACUUCAGACACCCUAGACCUGAGCUCGCACAAUCACUAUCCUCUGAACGACAAUUCUAUCGCUAGCACGUCCGGCCCGCAGGAAGUCGUAAUGAAGGAAAAAAGCAAGAAGGCAGCGCGUAUCCGCCGCGACAGGGAGAACCAAGAAUUUUUGGAGCUGGCAAAGUUGUUGCCUGUGCCGGCAGCCCUCACGGGACAAAUGGAUAAAGCCAGCGUUAUUCGAUUGACGACCAGUUACUUGAAGAUGCGAGCAUUGUUUCCAAACGGGCUCGGUGAAGAAUGGGGCGCUUCGCAGCCAGGCAACAUCUCCCUGCAAAUCGCCCUCAAGGAGGUGACUAGUUAUAUUUUGCAAGCUUUGGACGGUUUCGUGUUUGUCCUGGCGCCCGAUGGCAAAAUUAUGUACAUAAGCGAAACUGCAAGCGUGCAUUUGGGAAUGGCACAGGUGGAAUUAACGGGGAACAGUAUCUUCGAGUACAUCUACCAGAACGAUCAUGCUGAAAUGUUGUCGGUUCUAAAUCUACCACAGAGUCCAGCAGAUCUGGCUAGCUUCACUUCUGCGAACUCGAGAGGGGAGAUCGAGUUGGAACGUGUUUUUAUCCUGAGGAUGAAGUGCAAUUUGGCGAAGAGAUGUGCAGGACUAGUCACGGAAGGAUACAAGGUGAUACACUGUUCCGGCUACUUAAGGUGUGUCGUGGAAGGGCCAGUGGGGUCGGAAUACGAAGACGGUGCAGGCCGACACUGCAUUCGAAAAGUCGGUUUACUGGCAGUUGGCCAUUCCCUACCGGGACGUUGUCUAACCGAAGUCAAACUGUACCAGAACAUGUUCAUGUUUCGUGCAUCGUUGGACUUGAAGUUGAUCUUCGUCGACGCGAACGUGUCACAAUUGACCGGAUACGAUCCACCGGAUCUCAUCGAGAAGACGCUGUACCAUUACGUGCACGGAUGCGACAUGAUGCAGCUGAGACACGCGCAUGGGACGCUAUUGUACAAGGGGCAAGUAAUAACCAAGUACUACAGGUUUCUCACGAAAUCCGGAGGAUGGGUCUGGAUGCAGUCGUACGUCACGAUUGUGCACAAUUCCCGAAGCUCUCGACCACACUGUAUCGUGUCGGUCAACUACGUGUUGACGAAACCGGAGAACACAGAUUUGUUGUUGAACUGCGAGCAAAAGUCGUAUUGCUCGAAUCCAAGCAAUCCGCCCAGCACCCCUUUGACGACCCCGAUCGCCAGCGGAACCGUCAACGAGUUGGACAACCACAGUCCCAGUUCACCAGCGUAUCGAACCAGAUCGAAAGAAUCACCCGAUAACGAUUACGCGAACGGUGGCACGUAUCCUAGACCGGAGUAUAUUGACCUGACGAAUCACAAUCAGUAUCUAUCGCCCUCUUACCAACCUCAGAACGUAAACAGCAACUCUCACGAAGAUAACCUUAAAUACAACUCCGACUGGUUUUACCAAUACGGAGAUAUGCAUCAAGAUUCUCUCGCCACGAUACCGCAGCAACAAGAAGCGCAGCACCCGCACCCUUUGCACCACGCCAACUCCCCGUCGAACCUGCAACAGCACAGUCCCCAAAACGCUCAACAGAAGCAUCAACACUCCCCCCAUUUACUGGAUCAUCCAACGCCUCCAGCAAGCCUGCCACAAGCUCAACCGCAACCGCAACCGCAACCGCAACAACAGCAACCGCCGCCGCAACAGCAACAGCACAGCCCUCAAAGUAGCCAACAGAACAGACCUUACUCUACCUCGUCGAGUUCCUGUUGCAGCACAGACGCCAUGGAUAAUCAUUUGCCGAGUCCUCUGAGCGUAUAUUCUUUGCCACACGGUUACCACCCUUACUACCACCACUACAUGCCCGACUCGGCCCCCUCUAAUUUGAACGAGGUCGGUGGCGUGAUCAUGUACCCUAAUUGUAGCCUCAACAACGAGGCGCACAACGCCGCCGCGAGCACCUCGAGCAACUCGAACAACGUCCAGCAUUACGAGUCCUCGUAUCAACCCCACUUGAGCCAUUACAACACCAACAACAAUCCUACCAAGCAUUCCUAUCAUCAUCACCACCAAGAAGCAACGCCGACCAGUUACACGAGCGUGAUCGUAGACUCGCAACAGUACAGCCCAAGCUCUGUGCAGGAUCUGAUCCAUUAUCAGCAUCAUUACGAAGCGCAUCAUCAGUUCGUUCACUGACACCAGCUAGACGCGGCUUGCGCAUAGCACGUCGACACCAAUUGUAACCACGACUCGCUGUGCUAUUGUGAUACGUCGUCCGAGGGAAACUAUCCUGGGAUAAAUAACGAUUUUCUGGAACAACGGUCGAACAUCGUGGUCGAUCAACAUAGUGAUAACACGGGGAUUACGGGGAACGACGAACACGAGCAGGUUGUACAGGUGAAGGCCAAGAUUUGGUACUUUAAACCGUCGGAUUUCUGGAAAGUAAUGACAGGCUUGUAUUACACUGAGAACUCGUGAACUCGAAGUGAGAAAUUAGAACGUAAAGUGGAAUACCCGUAAAGUGAAAUAUAUAUAUAGGGCGAAAACGUUGAAAAUGUUGAAAACGUUUAGCCAAGUACUGCCGAAUAAUAUAAUGACUCUAAUGAGAAUAGAUGUACAGUCGAUAUAUCAUAAGAAAAUUGUAAUUGUUUAAGAAUUUACGAUUCCGAAGGAUUGCUAUGUCGUACGUAUCGUAGAGUAUCGAUCUGGUGAUCUACCCCGAUAUUCGUUGAUCCGUUGAUCAUUGGAUCUGUUAUUCGUAUAUUCUUUAUUCACAUAUCAAGAUGCUUAACUUUCUUGUUCGAGGAAAUGUAGACAAUGGUAAUUGCGUUAAUUGCUUCGAGAUUAAUAUAAGUUAAGAUACGAAUAUUGUAACGAUUAAUUACGUUCGUACGUUAUAUUAUUAUUUCAUCAUCGGCCACGAAAAUGGAAUUUUCGUUUCAAAACCGCCUCUUAAAACGUAUCUUUUAUUUAUACGUUCGUUUAAUCGUCCAACAAACCGCUAAUCAUUAUUCAUUAACGUUAGCCUAUCAAGUAGAGCUAACCUUCUCGAUCUUGUAUUGUUUGAUUCAAAAUUUGCAUUCGGAAUAUUUAACGAGCUUCUUAAUUUAACGAAUCCACGAAUUAAUUAUCAUAAACGGAACAGUCGAAUUCGAUUCGAGGGGAUUUAACUAAAUGGGUGUCUUCUAAACUCGAAGUCGAAAAACAAAAAUCUAAUUCAAAUGAAUCGAAGAACAAGAGAAGAAAGAAUUUCUGCAAAUUUUACACGCUGGACGUGAGCAACUCUUAAAAUUUUUAAACGUAAGAAGUCAAAAAAGAAAAAAAAGGAUAAUAAUAAUCGUGUCCAUGGACAAAAGAUUUUAUACGAUUUAAUUAAACGAACUGUUCUGUGCUGAUACGUAUAUACAAGGAGUUGAAAAUUACAGGCGCGUAAAUACGUGUAAAAAAAGGAAAGGGGAAAAGCGAAUCGGAAAAAGAUCUAAAAAGAAAAAAAAAAUGGGUAGCGCAUUUUGAGAUACUUAAUUUGUAGACAUGUACAUUGCAUAGUCGUUCAUAGCUCUUAAAACAAUUUAGUAUAUAAAUACGUUAGGUAUUUCUUAGAUAGACCCGAAGACUGACCGGUGCUUGUACCAACCGACCAAAGAAAUACACACGCCCUUCUUCUACACAAAAAAAAACAGAGAGAGAGAGAAAAAAAAAAAGGAACAAAUAUCACCUUUGUUAUAUCUUAAUCACGCGUUUAUUUAAAGACCGCGCGCGAUUCCCUAAAACCCGACUACUUAAUAAACUACGACCAUAGAGUAUUCUCUGGCAAUCCCAGUUACAUUUUAAUCAUCGAAGUAUUUUAUUAUUGAACUUCUAGUAACUUUAUGAACAAUUGCUCGAGGCUGUUAGCUGCCACGAGGCUAAUCUCAUGUAUAAUACACGUGUACACAUUGCCAAUGCGAAACACUAUUAUUUAUAAUCGAUGUAAAUUAACGAUGGGUACGAUGAUCACCGCGUUGUACGAUAAUUACUUUAAGAGUUGUAAAUAUUGUAAAACUUGAUAGCGCGCGCGCUGCAUACCUAUUACGAGAAAAAUAUAAUCGAUAUUUUCCUCUGA